UAAGAAAAUAACUCACAACUUUAAUAAUCAACAAGCUUCAAAAGCAACACCAAGAAUUGGAAGUUUAGCUCCUCAUUUGGAGACUAAGCAUAGCUAGAAAAAAUAUAGAGAAAUGUUAUUCUAAACUGAGCUUAAGAGUAUGGAAGAAGGGAUGAUUUUUAAUGAAGGAAAAGUGGGCUAUUUAUAGGUGUUUUUCAACACCUUUGGCCGGAUACCCGACCGGGUCAAGUACUUACCCGGCCGGGUCCGGUCAAAAUCAGAUAAUCCGCCACGUUCUGGUGAUCUUCGCACGCCGGAUUGUCCCCAGUCACUUCUCACCCGACCGGGUGAGGUAGUGGGCCCGACCGGGCCAUGCACUUUCUUUGCAUUUUCGUUUUUCACUUCUUACCUGACCGGGUCAAGUAUUAUACCCGGUCGGGUAUUUGCUCCUGGGCAGCCAAAUCUUCUUUUUCUUCACUUCAAAGUCUUCCUUUCCAUUACUACAAAUCCUAACUAGACUUUACAACUUACAAAUAAAGACUAAAAUACAAUUACAACUAAAAUCACACAAAUGUUUAUAAACUAAAUAAAACGUCAAACAAUCACCAUAAAUCAAACAUAAAAACAUAUAAUGAUGCACUACUAAUUAGUGUGCAUCAGUGUACUGGCCGAUAACGGCUAUUUGGAGGCCCCUCCUCUCUCUCUUACAGUGAUUAGGAUGAAGCCAGGUGUCUGGCUGGUCCCACCGUAGACAUCAUGAGACCAGAUGCAGGCAAUCUCCCUUCCUCGUGUCCCCCGGGAUUUUUCAUGGUCCAUAACGAUGCCUUAGACCAAGGCUUUUGGUUCCCGUUGCAUCCAUUCUUUGUGGAAUACCUCAACUGUGUUGGGUUGCUCCCCUGUCAGAUAACCCCCAACGGGUUCUACCUUAUUGCCGGCUUUUUGCCGCAUUGUUAGGAGCUGAAGAUCGAGGUCAGUGUGGACCUCUUCCGCCAUCUGUUUCAGAUUGGUCUUAAUCCUUCCAAGGAUAAUCAGAGCUAGGCUGUUAUCUCCCAGCAUUAUGGCCGGAGUGGUUUCCAUAACACCCCACUUCUCACCAUGGAUGGAAGCACAUGUUUGUGUUUGUCUAUACGAGAAGGGAGGAACGGUCUGUUUGAUGAUGUCGUGUAGACCUACAUAGAGUUUGGUGACAAGAAUAUCAACCUGUAUGUGACAGAGGAGAAGUUGGCAGGAAAGCUUGGCUUUAAUUUCUAUAGCAUUGUUCCUACUGAGGACCAUGGGGCUCAAGUGGAGGAUAUGAUGUUGAUGGUGCAACCAUUGAGGGACACAGUGUUGCAGCUGCUGUUGAGGAAGAGCCCAAGAAUGGGCAGAUGCUGAUGAGCAGGCUGGUGCCCAAGAGAGGGUUGACCUAGUUGCGACUAUUGUCGCCUCAUUGCCUGAUAGACAGGGAGGUUCUGCUGCAGUUCCCACUGCUUCUAAGGUGUUGGGACCUGAGAACUCAAGCGAUGAGAGGGCUUUUGCCCACAUGUCUCUCCUCAACAGCGAUGAGAGGGCGGGAGGGGUUGAGUUGGCCCCCAAGAAGAACAAACACCAGAAGGAGGUCUGUUCUGAGAUAGUGAAAGAGCAGCUGCUGUUGAGGAAGAGCUCAAGGUGGGACUUCCACUUCUGGGCAAGGUCUCAUUGCCACCGCAGUCCGCAGGUACCUUGUUUUUCUCUUAGUUUGACACUCUGUUUUGUUGCAUGAAUUUGUGGUGUCAGUGUCUGCAUUGUGCAUUGUGUUUUUUCAUCUAUACUGUUGUGCUUGACAGGUGGCUUAAGGAGAAAGACUAAGUCCUCUGAGUGGGUGAGGAGAAAGACUAAGUCCUCUGAGGGGUGAAACAACCUGAGCCCUCCCCAAGUGGGUCCUCACCCUCCUCUGAGGAUAGUGAUGAAGAUGAUGAAGAUGGUGUUGGUGCCGCUCAGCAAGACAAUGUCGCGACCAGAGAGGGUGCGGAUAAAGAAACCCGUGAUGUCGCGGAAUUUGGUGGAGAUGUCGUAGGUAAAUCCAAUGUCGUGGUCGAAGAUGGUGAUGUCGUUGCGCAGUCCCAUGUCGCGGCUGAUACAGAUGGGCACUGAUCUCAGGUCCCAACAUCCCCGUGCUAAGGCUGUCACUGUUGUCACUCCUCCCCACCCAGAUGUGGUCAUGGUGGAGAGUGAAGAUGAUGAUGACGCGGAUAAAAAGAUCAUUUGGCAGCUACAGGACCGGAUAUAUCAAGAUCAUCCCGGGCCCAGCAGCGCUUCUACUUCCGGAAAGGGGUCUAAUCAGCCGUACAUCCCCAAAGACUGGUCGGGGAAGCAGAAGUUCCAGUUCUUUAUGGAUGGUGAUGACAACUUUGUGGUCGAAAGCAUCAACACCAUGGACUUCUUGACUAAGAUCUGGCUCCCCUCUGAUGACCGGUUGAUGAAGAGGAUGAGUUCUAGGGGGCUAAAAAAGCUGAGAGAAGGGAGAUGGGCCUCCUUCAUACCAGGCACCUGAUUGAGCAAGCUCUAGAAAUCUCUCAGAAACAUGUUGAUAAGUUGGAGAGAACUGCUGAUCGGGCUCUCGAGCAGACUUUCAGUUUAAGGAACUGCUUGAUGAGUUCACUAAGAGAGCCUUAGAUGCGGAGGCAGCGGAGCAGCAGGUGGAGGUCUUGGAGGCCACCUUAAAGGAGGGCGAAGCUCAGUUUGGAGCCCUUAGGGCGACUGCAGAUGAGGUUGUAAAAGCCCUAGCUGAAGCAGAGGAUAUGGCCUCUGGCUUUAAAAAGAAUGCCCAGUGCUUCGAGUGUCUGUUUAGGGAGGCCUCAGAGAAGGCCUGAGUUAACUAUGAGGGGUGGCAGAAGAAGAUGAUUGAGCUCUCCACCAAGCUGGUGAAGGAGCGUGAUGUGCUCCACGAUAACCUGCAGAGAACUAUCUCCGGAAGUAGGAGUGGACUCGGGCCGGGCCAACCGGCCCGGAACCGGACCGGCCCGCUACUGUGCGGGUCCGGACCGGCCCGGUUUGGCGGUUAGUUCACGGUUCGGGCCACCCGGCCCGGUCUUCAAGCGGUUCGGUCCCGGGCCUAGAUUUUAGUGAACCAGUCCGGCCGGGCCUCAACGGUCACUUUUUUUAAAAAAAAAAUUAAAAUAAUAGAAGGCUCCAUAGCCGUUGGGAGACCUCCCAAACGGCUCUAUAGCCG